AUGUUUUCAGCGAAAGCAAGUCUAGUUGACAAGGUUGCAGGAAAAAAGGAACUCCUUCAUAAUGUAGCAGGUAAAAAGGACUUUCUUCACCAUGUUGUCAAGGAUAAAAAGAAGCUGGUAGAAAAAGUGGUUCCAGAUAAAAAGAAGCUGAUAGAAAAAGUGGUUCCAACUGGAAACAAAAAACCUUGCUCAAAAUCCAAGGGUGGCCAAGAACACAAACCCGCUCCAGCACAAGCGCCGAGCAAAAAACCAUGUGACAAGUCCAAGAAACAACUUAGCAAACCUAAAGAUCACCCACAAAAGAAAGAAGAAACCAAACCGAAGUCAGUAGACCACAAACCAAAGCACGUGAAGAAACCAUGCUCUAAAUCUGCAGAUAAAAAAGACAAGAAAGACAAUGGAAAGGAUAAAGAAAACCAGAAACAUAUUAAGCCUAUUUCAACGCCAGCUAAAGAUAAAAAACCUUGUGACAAAGCUAAAGGAAAUUGUUUACCAAACAAACACGAUAAACAACCGAAAAAAGACGUGAAUAUAAAAACUAAGCCUAUACAUAAAAAACCAAAGUCUGACGAUGAAAAAUCCAAGAAGGCUGUUAAUAAGAAAGACAAAAAACAUAGUAAACCAAUUUCAGUACCAUCCAAGAGUAAAAAGCCUUGUAGCAAGUCUAAAGGUAAACCAACAAGCAAACACGAUAAACAACAACAACAACAACAACAACCGAAAAUAGAGGGAGAUAAAAAGCCCAAGUCUGAUGGAGUAAGACAUAAAAAGGAUGUUCAUCAUAAAGAUCAUCCAAAAAAGAAAGAAGAAAAAGAUCUAAAGCCUGUAGACCACAAACCAAAACACGCAAAGAAACCCAAAAAAGACGUUCAUAAAAAAGAAAAGAAAGACGAAAAACAAAAACAUAAGAAACCAAUUUCAGAGCCAAGUAAAAGUAAAAAGCCUUGUGACAAAUCUAAAGGGAAACAUCCUGAAAAAUCAAAGAAAGACGUUGAAAUAAAGCCUAAGCCAUUAGACAGAAAACCAAAAAGUAAAACACCUAAAUCUCGUGAUGGUAAACCCAAGAAGGAUAUAUUUAAGAAAGACAAGAAAGACAAGAAACAUAACAAACCAUCUAAAAGUAAAAAAACAAAAGGUCAUCCAGAUAUCAACAACAGAGAACAUCCAAAGAAACACAAUGAAAAAAAACACAAAAAGGAUAAUGUAAGGAAAGAGAAAAAAGAAAAAAAAAGCGAUAUCAAAAAUGACGUUGAACCUAAGAACCAUCAACCAAGUGAAAACGUACCCAAGAAGCAAGAUGAUAUGAGUGUUGAACACCCAUCCAAAAUACAUCCAAAACAUAAGCCAUCUGAGGUCAAACCAAAAACGAAACCCUAUGAAAAAACCCCAAAGAACCCAUCCAAACAUAGCAAGAAACCCAAGGAACCAAAACAUAAGGACAAAAAGCCAAAGAAUCCAAAACAUCAUCCCAAAUCUGAUAAAAACACUCACUUACAACCAAAAAAAGAAAACAAGAAACAUGAUGAUCAUAAACCGCACAAAGGAAAAACAAAUCCAGUGAAGCCAAAAAAAGAGGAUAAAAAACAUAUUAAGCCACAUGAAAAAACCCCAAAAACCCAAAACGACAAGUCUGUAGAUGAAAAAAAUACGAAGAAGCAUGACAGUGAAAAAAAUCACGAGAAAAGAGCAACUAAGAAACACGAGGAACCAAAGGAACAAGGAAAAGAAAUAAAAUGGCCAAAACAUAGUAAACCACACACAAAACCUAAUGAAAAACCACAAAAACAAAAUCCACAAACUGAACUUCCACAAAAUAAACCAGGCAAUACAAAUGACAACCCAGGUCCAAACAACCAACACCCCCAGGUAGAAAAUCCUACAGAUGUCAAACCAAGCACAAAAGAAAAUCCUAAACAACAGAAACCACAAACUGAAAAUCCACAAAAUCAACAAGGCAAUACAAAUGAAACACCGGGCUCAGAAGGCCAACAACCAAAAACUAAUAAUCCUGAAUAUGGCAAACCAGAUUUAAAAGAUAAUCCACAAGAAAAAAGCCCGCAAGGCCAACCAGGCAAUAAAAAAGUCACUACAGAAACAAAUCAAGGUGCCACUUCAUCUGCUGGCGCCUCUGCUACAUCGUACUCUACCAAUACAGAAUACAAGAAUACAAAGACGACAGAAGAGUCCAACACAGGAAAACCACAAGACGAUGAUCGUAAAGAUGGUAAACCAGAUUCAAAAGAUAAUCCACAAGAAAAAAGCCCGCAAGGCCAACCAGGCAAUAAAAAAGUCACUACAGAAACAAAUCAAGGUGCCACUUCAUCUUCUGGCGCCUCUGCUACAUCGUACUCUACCAAUACAGAAUACAAGAAUACAAAGACGACAGAAGAGUCCAACACUGGAGAACAACAGCAAGAUGACCAAAAACCACGAGACGAUAAUCGUAAAGAUGGUGAACCAGAUUUAAAAGAUAAUCCACAAGAAAAAAGCCCGCAAGGCCAACCAGGCAAUAAAAAAGUCACUACAGAAACAAAUCAAGGUGCCACUUCAUCUUCUGGCGCCUCUGCUAAAUCGUACUCUACCAAUACAGAAUACAAGAAUACAAAGACGACAGAAGAGUCCAACACUGGAGAACAACAGCAUGAUGACCAAAAACCACGAGACGAUGAUCGUAAAGAUGGUAAACCAGAUUCAAAAGAUAAUCCACAAGAAAAAAGCCCGCAAGGCCAACCAGGCAAUAAAAAAGUCACUACAGAAACAAAUGAAGGUGCCACUUCAUCUUCUGGCGCCUCUGCUACAUCGUACUCUACCAAUACAGAAUACAAGAAUACAAAGACGACAGAAGAGUCCAACACUGGAGAACAACAGCAAGAUGACCAAAAACCACGAGACGAUGAUCGUAAAGAUGGUGAACCAGAUUUAAAAGAUAAUCCACAAGAAAAAAGCCCGCAAGGCCAACCAGGCAAUAAAAAAGUCACUACAGAAACAAAUCAAGGUGCCACUUCAUCUUCUGGCGCCUCUGCUACAUCGUACUCUACCAAUAAAGAAUACAAGAAUACAAAGACGACAGAAGAGUCCAACACUGGAGAACAACAGCAAGAUGACCAAAAACCACGAGACGAUGAUCGUAAAGAUGGUGAACCAGAUUUAAAAGAUAAUCCACAAGAAAAAAGCCCGCAAGGCCAACCAGGCAAUAAAAAAGUCACUACAGAAACAAAUCAAGGUGCCACUUCAUCUUCUGGCGCCUCUGCUACAUCGUACUCUACCAAUAAAGAAUACAAGAAUACAAAGACGACAGAAGAGUCCAACACUGGAGAACAACAGCAAGAUGACCAAAAACCACGAGACGAUGAUCGUAAAGAUGGUGAACCAGAUUUAAAAGAUAAUCCACAAGAAAAAAGCCCGCAAGGCCAACCAGGCAAUAAAAAAGUCACUACAGAAACAAAUCAAGGUGCCACUUCAUCUUCUGGCGCCUCUGCUAAAUCGUACUCUACCAAUACAGAAUACAAAAAUACAAAGACGACAGAAGAGUCCAACACUGGAGAACAACAGCAUGAUGACCAAAAACCACGAGACGAUGAUCGUAAAGAUGGUAAACCAGAUUCAAAAGAUAAUCCACAAGAAAAAAGCCCGCAAGGCCAACCAGGCAAUAAAAAAGUCACUACAGAAACAAAUGAAGGUGCCACUUCAUCUUCUGGCGCCUCUGCUACAUCGUACUCUACCAAUACAGAAUACAAGAAUACAAAGACGACAGAAGAGUCCAACACUGGAGAACAACAGCAAGAUGACCAAAAACCACGAGACGAUGAUCGUAAAGAUGGUGAACCAGAUUUAAAAGAUAAUCCACAAGAAAAAAGCCCGCAAGGCCAACCAGGCAAUAAAAAAGUCACUACAGAAACAAAUCAAGGUGCCACUUCAUCUUCUGGCGCCUCUGCUACAUCGUACUCUACCAAUAAAGAAUACAAGAAUACAAAGACGACAGAAGAGUCCAACACUGGAGAACAACAGCAAGAUGACCAAAAACCACGAGACGAUGAUCGUAAAGAUGGUGAACCAGAUUUAAAAGAUAAUCCACAAGAAAAAAGCCCGCAAGGCCAACCAGGCAAUAAAAAAGUCACUACAGAAACAAAUCAAGGUGCCACUUCAUCUUCUGGCGCCUCUGCUACAUCGUACUCUACCAAUAAAGAAUACAAGAAUACAAAGACGACAGAAGAGUCCAACACUGGAGAACAACAGCAAGAUGACCAAAAACCACGAGACGAUGAUCGUAAAGAUGGUGAACCAGAUUUAAAAGAUAAUCCACAAGAAAAAAGCCCGCAAGGCCAACCAGGCAAUAAAAAAGUCACUACAGAAACAAAUCAAGGUGCCACUUCAUCUUCUGGCGCCUCUGCUAAAUCGUACUCUACCAAUACAGAAUACAAGAAUACAAAGACGACAGAAGAGUCCAACACUGGAGAACAACAGCAUGAUGACCAAAAACCACGAGACGAUGAUCGUAAAGAUGGUAAACCAGAUUCAAAAGAUAAUCCACAAGAAAAAAGCCCGCAAGGCCAACCAGGCAAUAAAAAAGUCACUACAGAAACAAAUCAAGGUGCCACUUCAUCUUCUGGCGCCUCUGCUACAUCGUACUCUACCAAUACAGAAUACAAGAAUACAAAGACGACAGAAGAGUCCAACACUGGAGAACAACAGCAAGAUGACCAAAAACCACGAGACGAUGAUCGUAAAGAUGGUGAACCAGAUUUAAAAGAUAAUCCACAAGAAAAAAGCCCGCAAGGCCAACCAGGCAAUAAAAAAGUCACUACAGAAACAAAUCAAGGUGCCACUUCAUCUUCUGGCGCCUCUGCUACAUCGUACUCUACCAAUAAAGAAUACAAGAAUACAAAGACGACAGAAGAGUCCAACACUGGAGAACAACAGCAAGAUGACCAAAAACCACGAGACGAUGAUCGUAAAGAUGGUGAACCAGAUUUAAAAGAUAAUCCACAAGAAAAAAGCCCGCAAGGCCAACCAGGCAAUAAAAAAGUCACUACAGAAACAAAUCAAGGUGCCACUUCAUCUUCUGGCGCCUCUGCUACAUCGUACUCUACCAAUAAAGAAUACAAGAAUACAAAGACGACAGAAGAGUCCAACACUGGAGAACAACAGCAAGAUGACCAAAAACCACGAGACGAUGAUCGUAAAGAUGGUGAACCAGAUUUAAAAGAUAAUCCACAAGAAAAAAGCCCGCAAGGCCAACCAGGCAAUAAAAAAGUCACUACAGAAACAAAUCAAGGUGCCACUUCAUCUUCUGGCGCCUCUGCUAAAUCGUACUCUACCAAUACAGAAUACAAGAAUACAAAGACGACAGAAGAGUCCAACACUGGAGAACAACAGCAUGAUGACCAAAAACCACGAGACGAUGAUCGUAAAGAUGGUAAACCAGAUUCAAAAGAUAAUCCACAAGAAAAAAGCCCGCAAGGCCAACCAGGCAAUAAAAAAGUCACUACAGAAACAAAUGAAGGUGCCACUUCAUCUUCUGGCGCCUCUGCUACAUCGUACUCUACCAAUACAGAAUACACGAAUACAAAGACGACAGAAGAGUCCAACACUGGAGAACAACAGCAAGAUGACCAAAAACCACGAGACGAUGAUCGUAAAGAUGGUGAACCAGAUUUAAAAGAUAAUCCACAAGAAAAAAGCCCGCAAGGCCAACCAGGCAAUAAAAAAGUCACUACAGAAACAAAUCAAGGUGCCACUUCAUCGUCUGGCGCCUCUGCUACAUCGUACUCUACCAAUACAGAAUACAAGAAUACAAAGACGACAGAAGAGUCCAACACUGGAGAACAACAGCAAGAUGACCAAAAACCACGAGACGAUGAUCGUAAAGAUGGUGAACCAGAUUUAAAAGAUAAUCCACAAGAAAAAAGCCCGCAAGGCAAACCAGGCAAUAAAAAAGUCACUACAGAAACAAAUGAAGGUGCCACUUCAUCUUCUGGCGCCUCUGCUACAUCGUACUCUACCAAUACAGAAUACAAGAAUACAAAGACGACAGAAGAGUCCAACACUGGAGAACAACAGCAAGAUGACCAAAAACCACGAGACGAUGAUCGUAAAGAUGGUGAACCAGAUUUAAAAGAUAAUCCACAAGAAAAAAGCCCGCAAGGCCAACCAGGCAAUAAAAAAGUCACUACAGAAACAAAUCAAGGUGCCACUUCAUCUUCUGGCGCCUCUGCUACAUCGUACUCUACCAAUACAGAAUACACGAAUACAAAGACGACAGAAGAGUCCAACACUGGAGAACAACAGCAAGAUGACCAAAAACCACGAGACGAUGAUCGUAAAGAUGGUGAACCAGAUUUAAAAGAUAAUCCACAAGAAAAAAGCCCGCAAGGCCAACCAGGCAAUAAAAAAGUCACUACAGAAACAAAUCAAGGUGCCACUUCAUCUUCUGGCGCCUCUGCUACUUCGUACUCUACCAAUACAGAAUACAAGAAUACAAAGACGACAGAAGAGUCCAACACUGGAGAACAACAGCAAGAUGACCAAAAACCACGAGACGAUGAUCGUAAAGAUGGUGAACCAGAUUUAAAAGAUAAUCCACAAGAAAAAAGCCCGCAAGGCCAACCAGGCAAUAAAAAAGUCACUACAGAAACAAAUCAAGGUGCCACUUCAUCUUCUGGCGCCUCUGCUACAUCGUACUCUACCAAUACAGAAUACAAGAAUACAAAGACGACAGAAGAGUCCAACACAGGAAAACCACAAGACGAUGAUCGUAAAGAUGGUAAACCAGAUUCAAAAGAUAAUCCACAAGAAAAAAGCCCGCAAGGCCAACCAGGCAAUAAAAAAGUCACUACAGAAACAAAUCAAGGUGCCACUUCAUCUUCUGGCGCCUCUGCUACAUCGUACUCUACCAAUACAGAAUACAAGAAUACAAAGACGACAGAAGAGUCCAACACUGGAGAACAACAGCAUGAUGACCAAAAACCACGAGACGAUGAUCGUAAAGAUGGUGAACCAGAUUUAAAAGAUAAUCCACAAGAAAAAAGCCCGCAAGGCCAACCAGGCAAUAAAAAAGUCACUACAGAAACAAAUCAAGGUGCCACUUCAUCUUCUGGCGCCUCUGCUACAUCGUACUCUACCAAUACAGAAUACAAGAAUACAAAGACGACAGAAGAGUCCAACACUGGAGAACAACAGCAAGAUGACCAAAAACCACGAGACGAUGAUCGUAAAGAUGGUAAACCAGAUUCAAAAGAUAAUCCACAAGAAAAAAGCCCGCAAGGCCAACCAGGCAAUAAAAAAGUCACUACAGAAACAAAUCAAGGUGCCACUUCAUCUUCUGGCGCCUCUGCUACAUCGUACUCUACCAAUACAGAAUACAAGAAUACAAAGACGACAGAAGAGUCCAACACAGGAAAACCACAAGACGAUGAUCGUAAAGAUGGUAAACCAGAUUCAAAAGAUAAUCCACAAGAAAAAAGCCCGCAAGGCCAACCAGGCAAUAAAAAAGUCACUACAGAAACAAAUCAAGGUGCCACUUCAUCUUCUGGCGCCUCUGCUACAUCGUACUCUACCAAUACAGAAUACAAGAAUACAAAGACGACAGAAGAGUCCAACACUGCAAAACCAGAUAAUAAAGAAAAUCCUCAACGAGAAAACCCUCAGAAAGAAAAACCACAAGAAGAAACUCCAGUAAGGAAACCUGAAACUCCAGACAGCAAACCCAAAUCAAGGAAACCUUCUGCUGGUUGGAAGCGCUUCUUACCAGAAAUAUUUUCCCGUAGACCAGCUACAAGCAGGAUAUGUAUCUGCUUCUCGAGCAUCAGCGAGAUGCCCGCAGAGUUGCGAAAACAAUUCAACAACUAUUACUAACAUUUGAUUAUGGAAAUGGCAACUGGAUCGAUUGAUACGACCUUUAAACACACACUUUAUAGGUUUAUAUCUUGGUUAUGUCGAUUAUAAAAUAUAUUUUGUAUAGCUUGAACAGAAAAAUUAAAAAAAAACUCUCUGUCAGUGCAAUUAGUCGUAGACAUAGAGAGAAAUAGACGAUUGAUUGACGUACCGGUGUCAGACAAAAGAUAUUCACAUCACAACACACUACAUUGAAGUUUUUUUUACCUAUAUUUUAAGCUAUAACUACUUACUUAAAUUUACAAAAAAAAGUGUUGUGAGGCUGUUUUUUGUGUUCACUCUAUGUUUAUUUUACAUAUUUUAAAUAAAAGUAUAUAAAAUUAUUACUGAAUGACAAUAGUCAAACUUGUUGGACCUAAUAAUUUAGUAAUUCAUUAUUCUUUUAUUUUGCCAAAAUAUUUUACGUGUAGAUAUAUUCAUACAUAGGUCCUUAAAAGUAUAUCUAAAAUAGCACGCGUCAUGACACUGAAUAUCGAAUCUCCUUGUCUUAUUUCUAAAGAGUACACGCAUAACUUGUUCUCAUUUUUGUAUGGAAUACGAUAGAUACUAUCUAUAGGUCUACUAAUUUUUCUGUCUACGAUGCCAGUAGAAAAGUUAUUUUUAUUUUUCUGUUCAUGCUAAAAUUAUUUUUACUGAGUCUUUAACACAUUCCAGCAUUAGUAUUUUCAUGCCUAUUAAAGAACUUCAAGGCAAGAGUGAAUAGGCAAUUUCUAACGUACCCAAUCUUAGACCUUAACAAUUUGUGUCAUAGUAUGUCAAGAGCAAUUUAUGACACCUAUCAUACACACACUGUGUUGGCCGCUGAUUUUCAACAAAGAUUUCAUGUUUGAUUGAUUUGAUUUGAUUCCCAGUUUGGUUAAAUAAUAAUUUGUUCGCGUACGUUAUAUACCUAUGUUGUACAUGCAUCGACACACCAAGUAUAGAAUUGCCUUGUCAUGUUUACUUACGCAUCUUCUUGAGAGGAUGUGUUUUACUCUUACUAUUGUCUAUUUACUUUUCUGUCUACGCAAUGUGUGAAUUUCCGGUAAAAAUAAUUUAGAUUACUUAGUAUUUGUAAGGAGCAUUAUAAAAAAUUUCAAUUUUUUAAUAAAUUGAUAAAAAAAAAUGAUUAAUUGAAUAUAAAAAAAACUUUGUUUCUUUUUUCUUCCCGUAUACUGAUAGGUUAUGGUAAUAAUGAAACUCACUAGGUACUUUGUGCCGUGAUAGCCCAGUGGAUAUGACCUCUGCCUCCGAUUCCGGAGGGUGUGGGUUCGAAUCCGGUCCAGGGCAUGCACCUCCAACUUUUCAGUUGUGUGCAUUUUAAGAAAUUAAAUAUCACGUGUCUCAAUUGGUGAAGGAAAACAUCGUGAGGAAACCUGCAUACCAGAGAAUUAUCUUAAUUCUCUGCGUGUGUGAAGUCUGCCAAUGCGCAUUGGGCCAGCGUGGUGGACUAUUGGCCUUAUCCCUCUCUUUCUGAGAGGAGACUCGAGCUCAGCAGUGAGCCGAAUAUGGGUUGAUGACGACGACGACUUUGUAAAAAUAGAAUCAUAUUCAAUAUAUUGGGAGCACGAGUACAAAAGAAAAGAAUUUAUUGAACUUAGAGAACGCUGUGUGUCGCUAUGAGUACGCAGGCAAAAUGACAGAGGUUGCACAGACAUUAGAUGUUCUGUCAAAUAAU